CGUAAAGGUGUAUGUAUUCUAAAGAAAAUAUCAGGAGAUAGAAAAUUAUUGCAAAUUCAAUAGUAUUAGGAAAUGAUAUAGAUUAUUUUAUUUCGAAUUCAUGUGAUUAUAACAGCGAAUUCUUUCAGACUGAAAAAAACUUACGUCUGUAUAUAAUUCUAUCACUAAAAGACGCUAACGAUAAAAUAAUUUUUAUGACUGCUUAGAAAAACAAAACUUUAUAAGGCAGGGUUGGAAUAUUUUAUUUUGUACUGGACAUUCUGAUUACUUUAAGUUCGAAAUAAAUAGUUUCAAACUAUGAGUUUUUAACCCAGAAAUAACAACUCGCAUACGUUCAUGAUUAACCUGUUCGUUCAAAAGUGCUUUUAAAAUAAUUGGGUACAUACCAGUCACCUGACGUAAGUGACGAAGCCGGAAAGGUGCAAAUUUGCCACUCUUUGGGCUAUAGUUGAAAACCUGAUUCAAGCAGUUAAUAUUAAGAUCCUACUUGCAAACAUCAUGUCAUACUAAUUAAGUGUAUCAAUGUAUCUCCUAAGGCUAUUUCUGUCCACGAUGCAAUUCAUUAUAAAAAACGGCGUUAACUACACAGUGAAGCACAAGAAUUAUAAUAAGAACAUUAUAUACUUAAUUCAAAAGAUAGCCCGUGAAAAAUGAAUCAUACAUGGCCAUAUAUGAAUGCUCCAUAUAUGGCCAUGUAUGGAAAUUGGCCAGGCAUGUCCAUAUAUGAUCAGAUAUGCCCAUAUAUGAUCAUACAUGACCGUGUAUGGCCACAUAUGACCACACUGUAAAAAAAGAUUCCUGACGUCAAACCAGAUUCGUUUGGCUCAAGUACUCCGUGCGUUUGGAUACAACCAAGCGCGUCAAGCAAUUGAGUCUACCGCCUUCUACGUUUGACAGUAUAUUUUGCUUCAACUGAGAGUUUCUUGAGGGAAGAAAAUGGGUGAUAUAAUCACCUCAUGCUACAUCCCUGAUGAGUGGAUCAGCAGCCACUCACACUUCCUUAUUUUUGAGGAAGUGGAUCGUGAGGUCAGGAUGUGCCUGCAGAAUGAUGAUACAGCCAUCAAGUGUGAAUGGUUGUGGGACCACAUUUUCACGAUUGGCGGUGGAACUCCGACCCGAUUAACUUGGACUGAUAAUCAUUAGUGGUUCAAGUUAACCCAUGAUGUAGCAGAGGAACCAUCAGCCGCAAAUCACACGCCGAUUGAAGAGUGCGCUAUAGAUUUUUUUUAAAAUCAAGCGAUGUUGGGCUCACCAACAGCUGCACCACCUCCAUCGCUGGUCAGCGCUCUGAUGGAGUCAACCGGGUGGUACGAUGUUGAUGGAUCAAUGGAUUCAGUAAUCGAUGAUAUGCUGAAUGAUCAGUUCGACUUCGGUAAACUGCUGGAAGAAGCCGAGCAGCAGCAGCAGGAUCUGGGGCAGCAGUGCCGACAACAGCCAGCAGCUCCAUUGAUUCAUGGGGGUAAGCCCCUUUGGUAUACACGCCAACCACCAUCACCGGAGAUUUCAGCCAAUGACUCUGAGUUGACUUCAACUUACGAUGCUGAAGUUGAAUAGAUACUUCGAUUGGAGGGUAUACGCGAGCAGUAGUCGAUGGAGAUUGAGACUCCAGCAAAUUUAACAGCAGCAGCAGCUUCAGAUAGAACAGCAGCAGCUUCAGAUAUAACAGCAGCAGUUGGAGCUUCAGCAACGUCAGGAGCGUGAGCAGCGGCUGGAAGGUGAAAUCAGACGUUUGGAAACGUUGCAGGAGCUAGAUGCACCGUUGUUCGUGGAGCAGAGCCAGGAGAUUGAUUACUGGUAGCUCCAAUAUCAACAACUGCAGCGAAACUGUCAGGUGCUGCUGAACCAAUUACACAUGGAAGCUGCUGACUUCGAUGGACUGAACAUGGAAGCUGAAUUCAACUGAUUAUUCACCGAUGUCUUUUGAACUAUUUCACCGAUAUUCACGUUUGAGGCGGCAAUCGGCGCAUUUUCUUGAAUUCUUGAGCUGAUUUAAAUUUGGAAUCGAUCGGUUCAGCCGUUUCAAAGAUAUUUGGAAAAACCCGUUUUUCACCAUUUCUUUCUCCAACGAUAUCUCUCAAACGCAUUAACUGAUUGAGAUGGUUGAGGUUGCUUUCGACGCGGCUUAUAACUUUCUAAAAAAAAAUUACCGAUAAUUACAAGCUAACUAAAAAAUAUCACAUUAUAACAGCAAUUGUUGAAGGUACAACAUUAUAACUUAUGUCGUAUAUAUAACAAUAAAAAAACAAUAGUUAAAAAUUAUAAAAUAUAAAUUACUUAGUCAAAAUGAAAAAGAAAAAGAAGAAAAAAAUUAUUCGCAUAACUAUUUCACAUAAAAUAAGGUACAAAAUAGGAUAAAAUAAUAAAAUAACCUCUAUAAGACACGUUCUUUUCUAAAUUAAUAUAUGUUGAUUCCAGAUUUAUAAUUAAUAAAAUUGUAUUUAAAUUAAAAUAAUAAUUUCAUAUUUAUAUAAAAAAAUUUCCACGUUCAAUAUUGUAAGUUUAUAAUUUAAUACUAUUUAAUUUUUUAAGUAUAAAUUGUAAUAAAACAUGUAAAUUAACUAGGAAGUCUGAAGAUGCUAGCACCGAGGGGCUAGCAAAAUAUUACGAAUAAAAUAUUUGAAUGGGAUUGGUAUGCCAGUGAAUUCAUUAUAAAAUAAAAUAAAACACCAAUCUAAGAAUAUAUGAAUGAAAUUUCAUUCAUAUAUAUUAAAAUAAAAACAACAAAUUUCUAAAGAAAAUAAAAAACAAAAAAACAUUUAAUUUAUUAGUAAUUCGCAAAUAUUCACGAGUCUACUAGAUCAAAUGAUCUGAAAUUUCUAGGAAAGUUGAUGGCCAACAAGCUCUUUCGAUUCUCACCUUAACUAUCCAAAUUGGUUCAUUAGUUAAAAAGUAAUAGACCAUUCACACACACAUACAUAUAGACAUUUGGACAUCAUUCUGAAUAUAGUCAGAAUAGCUUCCUAGGACCUCAAAUCGUCGACAUCUGAUGAAAACUCGAUUUUCGAAAAUCGGGAUGAAAACAAUAACUUUUCGAAUUUUCGAAAAUUUACAAUUUUCUUAGCGGGAAGUUAAAAAUUGUUAUUUUCUUCAGUUUUUUAUUGAUUUCUCAGAAACGACUUAUACGAUCGAUUUCAAAAUCUGUUCAGCUCUAGAACCUAAUAAAACACGACGAUUGCUGCCUCGACCAUCAAAAUCGGUUAAUUUGUUCGCGAGAUAUCAUGGGAGAAAGAAAUACUAAAAAACGGUUAUUUUCGAAAACAAUGGCAUACAAAAGUACUUUCGAGCUCGAAGAGCCAUCUGACAGAUACUACAUGUACCAAGGAUAGAAAUUAAUAAAAAAUAAUGCCAUGCCGCCAUUCUGGAUCGUGCUACGAGAGUGAGUUGUAGCCGUGAUCGGCUAGUGAAAUGGCAAGGUUGACGUGAAGUUACUAACUUUGGACACGAGGAAGUCGAGCCGGUAAGGAUUGCAGACCACGUGGAGAAAGAGACCAAACUGAGUUUAAACAUCAACGGGUGAAUCAGAAUUCCCUGGGAAUUUAAUAAAUUGAAUUUGAAUUUCGUUUCCCGCCGGUAACCGGCCAACGACCUCGCAAGUUGCGAGUUAGUGACGCGACUAGUCACCGGGUGUCGCACGAUCCCCGAGGCCCGAGCAUUCGCCACUCCCUUAGACUAAGUUUCUAGGAGUGAACCGAAAAUGGUGGAACGAGAUUAGAAAUGUGUCAACGGAACGUGGAACGAGUCAGAAUUGUCCAGAAGACGAAAGCGGGGAGACCAAAAACACUUGAGGUUAGAUAUUUAUAAUUUUUUAACGGAGGGCGAACAAAGAAAGCGAGAAACUACACACGAGAACGGCAAAAGUUUUAUCAACUAAAGCCCAAGGAUGAGGAAAGUGACGAAUAUCCAGCAGCAGACCACAGCAGAGAAUUCAUCAGUUGCUGCUAAACAAUCUAGAGUUGCAAUACAACCCAGGGUUAUCCCGGGUAGGAUGCGACUAGUUGACCGGAGAGUGACUAAAGUCCGAAGACGCCCGAAGUCAUGCGGGAAGUAAGUAAUUAAAAAUGGGAACCGGAACGAAAAACGACACUUACAACUGGAAUGACUGAACCGUCGAGACGUCCAAGUUAGAGAGUUUAAGUCAGCGAACAAUACAGACGCCAUCAGACGCCGCUAAUUAUUAUCAGAUUCCUCAAAGUACGUUACGGCGAUGGGCGAGAAAUCUUGGAGUAGCAGCAAAUCUAGAUGCAAUUGCGGGUUCGAUUUCUUCUGAAGACGUAUUCUUUUACUCUCCAAGUAAUAUUUGCAGUAAAGACGCAACGAGUGAAAGUAAUGAAAGUCACGAAGAAAGUGAAAUUGUGUGGGAAGGAAAUUUCGAGUCAUCGAAUACUGAAGAAAAUCAAAACUUCGUUUAUUAUACUGUUCAAGAGGAUACGAGUGAUUCACUACCUGAAACAAUACUUGAAGAAAGUGAAGAUAAAAGUACUGUAAUAACUGCUGAUAAUCUGUUUCAAGAAGUUAUGAAUAUUUCGCUAUAUCAUGAUAGUAAUAUUUCCAUUCCUCGAAGUAUAGCAUCAUGACGUUUUACAUAAAACAUCGGCUUUCAAGGGCCGCUUUAAAAGAUUUGUUAACUUUAUUUCAGCAUUUUUUACCUGAAAAUAAUUUGCCAAAAACUGAAUUUCAAUUACUUCAAGUUGUCAAUGAACUCAUACCACCUUGUGACAUACAAAAAUUUUUUUACUGUAAGGAAUGUUUAUGUUAUUAUGUAUUAAAUCCGAAGUUGAAAGUUUGUUCAUCAUGCCUCAGUGAAAAAGGUACUAAUUUCUUCAUAGAGCUCGAUGUCAUUGAUCAAAUAAAAUUUUUGUUUGAGAAAAGAAACCUUGCGGAGAAAUUACAUGUUACUCCUUUUAAAGAAAACACCAUUCAAGAUAUUACUGAUGGAUCUGAAUAUCGACGGGUAAAUGCUAGAAACAACAGACAGCAAUUUGAUUUGACUUUAAUUUUAAACACUGAUGGCAUUUCCUUAUCCAAAAGUUCCAAAAGUCAUUGCUGGCCAUUAAUGUUUAAAAUUGCUGAAAUUCCUGAACAUCUCCGAGACUCUUUUAUAAUUAUAUUGGGCAUCUGGUAUGAUACGCUUCACAAACCGUCCAUGAAUACAUUUCUCAAGCCGUUCUGUGAUAAACUCGAAGAAUGUUUUAAGAAGGGCGUUUCAUGGAUUAAUCCUGUAACUAAAAAAACCUGUAAUUCAAAAAUAAUUGCACCAUUGUUUAUUGCAGAUGCACCUGCAAGAGCACAGCUGCUUAAUAUGAUUAACUUUAAUGGUAAAUUUGGUUGCAAUAUUUGCGAAAUUGAAUCUACAAGUAUUAAAUCAGCAAAAGGAAAAAGAAAAAAACUAAUCUAUCAAUUUCAAAAUGAAUUAUCUCUCCUUAGAUCAGGAAUAAGAAUGAAAAAACAGGCCGAAGAAGCAUUGAAAAAAAAUGCGCUUACGUAAAUGGUGUUAAAGGAGAAUCUGUCAUUUCAUCUCUUCCUUUUCUUGAUUUGGGAACAUGCGUGGUACCUGAAUACAUGCAUUCCGUUCUCCUUGGGGUCGUAAAACAGUUUUUAUCUCUUUGGAUGAAUUCUGGUGGUAAAUGCAGCAUCAAAAAUAAAGUUAAUGAUAUUGACGCUAUUCUACUUAAUAUUCGACCUCCUCAAUUUUUUAACCGGAUGCCUCGAACAAUCACGGAAUAUGCACGCUAUAAAGCUUCGGAGUUUUACAAUUUUCUUUUAUUUUAUUCAGUGCCAGUUUUAAUUGAUAUUUUACCAAAAGUAUACUUCCAACAUUGGUUACUAUUGGUUAUCUCAAUCUUUAAUUUAUUAAAACAACCAAUCACUAUUUUUCCUGACUUAUCAAUUACAGAAAUUCUCCUGAAAUUAUUUGUCAGGGAUAUUGGAACUCUGUACACUGAUGAAGCCUACUCAUACAAUGUUCAUCAACUGCUACAUCUGGUGUUGUGUGUAAUGCGAUGGGGCCCUUUGGACGCUUCGUCAGCGUUUUGUUUUGAAAAUUAUAAUAAUUUCUUGGCUAAUUGUGUACAUGGCACUAAACAGUUAGGUAUUGAAAUGGUAAAUAAUUUGAGACUAGCACAAGCUGUACAAAAUUUGAAAAAACAAUGUGAGCUUUCUAAUGAUUCUUUGAAUACUGCCGGAAAUAACAAAUUUCUCAACGAAAUAAAAUCAGAUGAUCCUAUAAUUGCUGGUGAAAAGUUAUUUCUUAUGUCAAAAGGUUUACAUGUAGAAAACUUAACUAUUUUUCAGCGAUCUGAAAUAAACAACGAAAUUUAUACGUCUUUAAUUUAUAAAGAUGUGAAAACUAAUAGUUUUGCAGUGGAAAUUCAGACAAAUUAUGGAGUUUAUUAUGGAAAUAUCAAAUAUUACCUCAAAAAUGGUAAUGAUUUAACAUUGGUAUUAGCUUUGUUCACAGUUCUACAUAAUAAAAUGUUUAUUCAUGAAGAAACAAACACAGUAGUAUCACAUAUUUUACCAGUUCAGGAAGAGAAUAGAGAUAUUUUAAUUAAGUUGACGGAAAUUAAUUUUAUUUGUCAUUUAAUAAAAGUUAGAAAUUUUGUAUGCAAACGUCCAUAUUUGUUAAAGAAAAUCAAUUAAUCUUCAUACU